CAGCACACCCGCCCUGAGUACUGGAACUAUGCCGCGGGGCCGGCCUCGCAAACUGAGAGUCAAAAGCAGCGACGGAACAGAUGAUAAUCUCAGCGAACCCAAGGCUGAGGCCUACGGCGAUGGAGAGUUCAAGGACAAGAAAUGCACAAUAUGUUCCCAGAUCUUUACUACUGAGAGCCAGCUACAGAGGCACCUCCGUGACCAUGAGACCAACGAUAAGCCUCAUCGAUGUGACCAGUGCCCACAGACGUUUAACGUGGAGUUCAACCUCACCCUGCACAAGUCCACACAUACGACCUCCGACCCCACCUGUCCGGUGUGCCAUAAAAAGUUCUCUCGUGUGGCCAGUCUCAAAGCCCAUAUCAUGCUGCACGAGAAGGAAGAAAACUUGAUCUGUUCAGAGUGUGGAGAUGAGUUUGUUCUUCAGAGCCAGCUCUCUCUCCACCUGGAGGAGCACCGUAAGGAGCUGUCCGGCGUCAGGGUCUACACCUGCAAGACCUGCAACAAGGAGUUCCAGAUGUCUGCCCACCUCAAGGAGCACAUGAAGACUCACACCAAGAUGAGGGCGCUCACCUCUAGUUCCAGAAACUACAAGAAAAACAUUGAUCGCAGUGGGUUCACAAACAGCUGUCACCACUGUGGAAAGACAUUCAAGAAACCCAGCCAGCUCGUCAGGCACAUACGAAUCCAUACAGGCGAAAGGCCCUUCAAGUGCACCCACUGUGGCAAGGCCUUCAACCAGAAGGUGGUGCUGCAGACUCACAUGGUGAGACACACGGGGGCUAAACCUCACCUCUGCAUGUUCUGUCCCGCCUCGUUCUCCCAGAAGGGAAACCUGCACUCCCAUGUUCAGAGAGUUCACUGUGAGACAAAAGGCGUCCCACUGUUCCCAUGCAUGGACUGCAGCUGUGUAUUCAAGAAGCUGGGCAGUUUGAAUGCCCACAUCAGCAAGAUGCACGUGUCUGUUAUCGAGGAGCCCUCCAGCACAUCGGAGGCGGAGACGGCCGGUCAGGCAGCAGGGGGGUCGGAAGGCGGUGAAGGGGUGACAGAUGUCAUCCAGCAACUUUUGGAACUGUCUGAGCAGGUCACCGGGGAGACCACCCAAUCCCAGCCUCCAGAACCAGCUAUUGCCAUGGAAACUGCCAUCAACCAGGACAUCCUGCAGCAAGCUCUUGAGAACAGCGGGCUGAGUGUAGUCCAGUCGCAGAGCAAUGGCACUCCCAGACAGUCCCAGUCUACAGAGGGCGCUACUGCAGACAGCAAGAAAGUACCUGGCCAGGACAAACCAGCCAAGGAACGGAAAAGGAGCAUAUUCAAGAAACCUGUACAAAUGCCAGGCUCCAUCAGGGAGGAGAAUGGGGUUCGCUGGCAUGGCUGCCCAUAUUGCUCCAAGGAGUUCAAGAAGCCCAGUGACCUGGUUCGCCACAUCCGCAUCCACACCCACGAAAAGCCCUUCAAGUGCAAGCAGUGCUUCAGGGCCUUCGCGGUCAAGAGUACCCUCACCGCCCACAUGAAAACCCACACGGGUAUCAAGGCUUUCGAGUGCCAGUGCUGUCUGAAGUGCUUCUCCACCUCUGGCAGCAUGAAGGUACAUAUGCGACUGCAUACAGGUGUGCGUCCCUUUUCCUGCCCUCACUGUGACAAGAUCUUUCGUACGUCAGGUCACAGGAAGACACACAUCGCCUCCCACUUCAAAAGCUUACAGCAGAAGAAGCACAAGUUCCCACGAAAAACCAACAAAACCAAAGUGUCUAAGAGUAACCUACCUCUGCCUGACAUCCCCCUGCAGGAACCCAUUCUCAUCACUGACCUUGGCCUCAUCCAGUCCCAGAACCCUCGUCUGGCUUUCCAACAGUACCUGGAAAUGGUGGGCAAUGACCGGCCUUACAAGUGUCAGUUCUGCAACAAGGCCUACAAGAAAUCCAGCCACCUCAAACAGCAUGUCAGAUCUCACACAGGGGAAAGGCCGUACAAGUGUGUGCAGUGCAGUCGGGGUUUUGCCUCCUCGGGCGUCCUGAAGGCUCACAUCAGGACUCACUCAGGCCUGAAGGCAUACAAAUGCCUGAUGUGUGACACGACCUUUACCACGAGCGGCAGCCUGCGACGCCACAUGACCACUCACAGCGAUGUACGACCUUACAUGUGCCCCUACUGCCAGAAGACCUUCAAGUCAUCACCAAACUGCAGGAAGCACAUGAAGACACACAGGUACGAACUGGCCCAGCAGCUGCAGCCCCAGUCGACAGAGGACCCCUUAGGAGGGAACUCUGUGGCCCAUGACAUGCAGGUGGAGAUAGAGGGUGACACCCUCCAGCAACCUCCUGCUGCCACAGCAGAGCAGCAAGGCAUGCUGGGACUGGGCCAGACAGAAGUUGUGAGUGGAGGCCAACAGGUGACGUUGGAAGCACCGCUGACAGACCAGCCUCUGGUACAGGGAGAGGACUCCUUUGUGACUACCCAGCAUGCUUUGCCUCAGAAUAUCAGCCAGUUUGAGACGCCGACACUUCCUCAGCCCGCCUUUGACCAACAAGCAUUAACACAAGGCUUCACCAUCACUGAGGGCUACAGUCAGUCUCAGUUCUCCACCGUCCAGCAGCUGCAGGACUCCAGCACCCUGGAGUCUCAGGCCCUGUCCUCCAGCUAUCACCCCCAGAACCUGCUCCAUGUGCCCAGUGCCGAGGUGACAAGUGGCCUUCUUCAGCAGAGUGGUCAGGGUGACCUCCAGCUGACUCCUGAGACACAGCACUUCCAGGAUGACAGUGAAGACAACAGCAAGAGGGCCUACAGAUGCAGCUGGUGUAACAAGGGUUUCAAGAAAUCUAGCCAUCUGAAGCAGCAUGUACGCUCCCACACUGGAGAGAAACCGUACCGAUGUAAUCUCUGCGGACGAGCCUUUGUAUCAGCUGGGAUGCUCAAGUCACACCUUAAUACGCAUACAGGAGUUAAGCCCUUCAAGUGUAGCGUGUGCGAUGCCUCGUUCACCACCAAUGGCAGCCUGAACCGGCACAUGAUCAUCCACGUCAAGUCUAUCAAAUGCUCCAUGUGUGAUGAGACCUUCAGGACCAGCCUGCUUUGUAGAAAGCAUAUGAAGAAGGAGCACGCUGUGGUUGACAGAAUCAUCGGUCUGGACAGUCAAGCUGUUGAUGAUGAGGAAGAGGAAGAUGGCGAACAGAGGUCGUCAAAGAGAAGGGGUAUAGACAUCAUUACUUUUACUGAGGAGCAAGCGGCUGAGCUUGCCAAGGAUCCCGGUGAGGAGGCCUCUGUGUCAGAGCGGAUUCUUGCCCAGUCAGCGGCCGAGAGGGACCGGAUCAGUGAGAUCAAAGACAAGGCGGUGGAACUGGAGACAGAACCCAAAUUUGCCAACUGCUGCAGCUUCUGCCCCAAGAGCUUCAAAAAGCCCAGCGACCUGGUCAGGCACAUUCGGAUUCAUACAGGCGAAAGGCCCUACAAGUGUGAUGAAUGUGGGAAAAGUUUUACAGUCAAGUCAACUCUGGACUGUCAUGUGAAGACGCACACAGGUCAGAAACUCUUCAACUGUCACAUGUGCAACACCUCCUUCUCCACAAAAGGCAGCUUAAAGGUGCACAUGCGCCUCCACACUGGCUCCAAGCCCUUCAAAUGCCCCUUCUGUGAACUGCGCUUCCGCACUUCUGGCCACCGCAAAACCCACAUCCAGUGCCACUACCGCCCCAACAGUGAUGGUCGCAAGUCCAAGCGGUCGGCUUCGUCUGCAGGUCAGGCCAGCCAAGGUCAGGAUCCAGAGACUGGGCAGCCUGCAGCCCCAGGCCAAGCCGGUCAGCAGCAAGCAGCUUCAGAGGCGCUUCAGCCAGUGGGUCUGCUCCAGACCUCCAACUCUGACCCCAACAUUUAUCUCCCCGCCAACCAAGUUCUGACAGGGCAGUUUGACCAAAACCUGCUUCAACAAGGGCUGGUUGGACAAGCUAUCCUGCCUGCUUCCAUGUCAGCUGGAGGAGACCUGACUGUGUCUCUAUCAGAGGGCCUGGCCACUCUGGAGGGCAUCCAUUUGCAGCUGACAUCUGCCAACCUGGUGUGUCCCAAUGUCCAGAUCUCUGGCAUCGAUACCAGCAACAUCAACAACAUCACACUACAGAUUGACCAUGCACUCCUCCAGCAGACCUUACAACAGGGGGGUCUGCUCUCUCAAUCUCUGAGUGUUGACACUGGACUCGUCUCUCACUCUGGUAGCCAUCUCAUGUCUGCCAGCGACCCCUCUGUGCCUGCCAACGUGGUCAUCCACCCCCUCACCAGCCUGGCCCUGCAGCCAUCCAACAUCACCCCUUCCCAGGUCACCAUGGCCAGCCUCACCGACCAGGAUGCCACAGGUUCUCAAGACCUGAGCCAUGUGAUGGGCAGUACAGGGCUGGUGGCCGGAGGGGCCAGUGGUCAGGAGAUCACCCUGACCAUCAACAACUCCAGCCUGACCCAGGCUCUAGCGCAGGCCCAGGCCCAAGCCUCAGCUACUGGCUCCAGUACCACAGCAGGAAACCCCCAGGAAAUCACUCUCACCAUAUCAGGUCAGGAUCUGCUCCCCCAGCAUAACAACCCCGGUGGCGGCGAUAUGAACGGCAGCAUCAGGCUGGCAUCACCACUGAACAGCCAGCCUGCCAACACCACUCUGACUAUCACCAACGACCACCUCCUACCUCAGAGCCCCACCAACGCUGGCAUGGCAGUCUCCAGCUUGCCGCCUAGCACCACCCUGUCCCACACCGCUGUGUCCCAGAGCCUGGUGAUGUCACCGGGAGGCGUGACCAGUGACGGCAGUGUGACGCUAACCCUGGCAGAUGCUCAGGGCAUGCUGGACGGCGUGACUCUAAACCUCAAUCCACAGGGUCAGACUUUUCCUGCGGUGCUGAACGACCCAGGUCUAGCAGGACAGCCUUCCAGCUCAGGCCAGCAGGUCAUACUGGUCAGCCACCACUCCCAGGGCAACAGCAGAGCAGCUGACAAUGGAUAUACUGUUAAUAUCACUGACAAUGGCCAUGAGGGUGUGAAGGAUGGCCAGGUCGAGGCUGACAACCGGAACCAGUGUUACUACUGUAACCAGGUGUGUCAGAAUGCCAACACACUGCGACGCCACUGCAGACAAGCCCACGGCAAGGACCGCUGCCACGUCUGUAGUCUCUGUAGCAAGGCCUUCAAGAGAGCCACACACCUGAAGGAACAUGAGCGAGUCCACCAGCCGGGGCCGUCACCUAGUUCCCAGAAACCCAGAGUCUUCAGCUGCUCCUCCUGCAGCAAGGCCUUUGCCAAGCGCAGCCAGCUGGAGAGACACAAUCGGACACACACAGGCGAGCGUCCCUUCAAGUGUGCGCAGUGCGACAAAGCCUUCAACCAGAAGAGUGCUCUGCAGGUUCAUAUGGUCAAACACACCGGGAAGAAGCCCUUCAAGUGUGAGGUGUGCAGCAUCCGAUUCACCCAGAAGAGCAAUAUGAAGCACCACAUGAAGAGAUCCCAUGGCUACGGUCAGAUCCAGGAAGUGACUCUGGGCCAAGAAGAGCCAGGCCCCCAGGUCGAGGUGACGCCUGAACUCGACCUGGAAGUGGUUCCUGAGUCGUCCGGAGACUGGCACACAGUCUUCCCCUGACCCAACACACCACCAGUCAGUAUCCCUCUUCUCCCCAGGAUGAACUCUGUACAGCACCUCAUGUACAAACAGCACUGUAUACUGCUAAGACGCCAAGCACUGAUUGAUCUUUACCACUACAUAGUAGUAGCAAAAGUUUAUACUGCUCUGCCAACCCUCUCCCUAAAAAGGGUUAUUGGUUAAAAACCACUUAAGGCUUUCCUGCUGCCCUGUCGUACGUUCAGGGCUUUUUCUCCAGUAGCAGUGCCCUGCCUUCGUUCUUUUUCCAAAUUAGUGCUGAAGGAGUCUGGUUCCCUGUCAUUUGGCCUAAUGACUGUUAUCUGCUCCCAGUUACUGUCUGAUUCUCAUCAAUAUGAUUACCUCCAGAGAGGUUUGGCUCAAUAAACACAGGCAUCCCGGAGAAUUCAGCCAUCAGGAGCAGCAGGUCUCUGUAAUGCUGACCCUGUUGAAGAGAGAGGAAACGACACUCUGCCAAAACCUCCCUGGAGGCGAGUGUCUCGUCCCUCCUGUGCUGCUCCAGUCACAGUGACACGGAGCUGGAACACACUCUCAUCGCCAGCCGGGCUUUGGAAACAGCGGUGUAAUGAGACAUGAAAUGGAAAGCUUUUUUCAGCAGGCUUACCAGAAGCUCUUUUUUAAGUUCCUUUGUUUUUUUUUUUUGUUUUGUUUUUUGUUUAAGAGUUUUUUUUUUACAUAUUUAUACUGUACAUUUUUCAUUUUUUAAAAAAAAUGACACUUUUGUUUUUAUAAGCAGUAAAAGGUUGAGUGGUGCUGAGGAUCUAACACUGACCUUACAUGAGUGUUUGACUGAGCAUGUCAGCAGUGUUUCUGUUCACAUAUCAUUUAGACUGGAGGCACCGCCUUUUUUUUUUUUUUUUUUUUUUUUUUUGUAGUGCAUUUUGUAAAUUGUGUAGAUAGACUGCAUAUAUUUUCAGAUUAACUUCCAUGACAGUUUGGUUGUGAAUAUGGAAUUGUAGCAUAAUGUUCCUUUUGUUAUGAAGUUCAGCCAAUGUUCAUACUCAUACAAUAAGCUGUUUUAUGUUUGGGGUGUUUUUUGUUUUUGUUUUGUUUUUUUGCAGCUGGGGGACUGUAUUUUGUAUUGUUCAUAAGUAUUUAAUGAA